GGGAAUUCGACGAUGGCGUCUCGCAAGGUCACGCGGCUUCCACGAGUCCCAGAAGAAUCGGUGGCGUACGAUGUGUUUUAUCGCCUGUCUAGCGAGGAAGCCUCUUCGUCUGAUCCUCCUCAUCAAGAAAUAAUAUCCACUCUUGUCUCUAAUGUUGCGCACCAUCUCCUGGCGUACAUCUGGCACAAGGAGCCAUUCUCUCUUCGACCCCAUCCGUCCACACCUUACGUCGACGAGGAAGAUGGAAACCCACCGGCAUGGGCAUGGCUGAUAGGUGAGACCUCCUUUGGAGAAAACGUGGAAGAUGAAUGGUUCAUCGUCUGGCUCCUCCUUCAGCUCACAGAGGCCUUUUCCCCUGAUCUCAUCGCAAGGGUGCGUGACUCGGACGGGGAGUUUCUGCUGGUGGAGGCGGCGGAGCAUCUGCCGGAGUGGUUGGAUCCGAAUUCGGCGAGGAAUCGGGUGUUCUUGCACGGAGGGGGGUUGCACGUGAUCGGAGCGGGGAGAGAUCCGGGGUGGGUGAGCCCGAUCCCGAGCGGGGUGCCGUCGCUGUCGGAUGCGCUGCAUCUCGUGAGACGCCUGCCGCAUUUGACGCGUGCUCCGUCGCCCGUGCAGCGUGACGUUCGGGGGAGGAUCCGGGGGUAUCCGGGGAGGAUGGAGGAGUCGGUGCAUCGGGUCAACGUGAGGGUUCCGGUGGUGUUGGCGGGGAUGUUGGAGAGGGAGCCGUGGCUCGUGUCCCCUGCGGUGCAUGCGUUUCAUCAUCGGGAUCCGAUCGACGUUAAGGCGUUGAGGGCGAUGAAGUUCUUCCCGCCGGAGACGUGCGUGACGACGCGCGUGACGUUCACGCGAUGCCUCUACGCCAUGCUGAGCUCGGGGAAGUACGAGCCGGAUCACCGGACGGGGUGGAAAUUCCCGCUUCCUCCUAGUUCCGCCGAGUACAAGUCCGCCGUGCUCGGCAUGAAAUUGGCCUGCGGAUUCGAGAUCCUGGCCGUGGAAGCGGAGAGGGCGAGCAAGAGCGAAAGCAAUGGCGUUGCUUCCGCAUCUCUGGAUGACGAUCCCAAGUGGAAGGAAUUCCUCAAAAGCCUCGAGGACAAGGGUUAUUUUCAGGGAGAGGUGGAAGGAUCUCAGAAGCAGAAGGCGUUGAUGUCGAGCGCCAGGGAAUAUUAUCAGCGUCACGUGAGGGAUUGCGACGUCGAAAGUUCUCGGGGCGACUUCAGGCGUCGGGCCGGGAAGAGGAUAUUGGAGCUGUGUCGCUCCAAGUCCCUGGACGUGGAUCUGGAGGAAGCCGAGAGACGGGCCCAGAGUCUGCCUCCUUCGGACGACGAUUCCUGGCUGGAUUUGACCCCGGAGUCGUUGGAGGCGUUGCUGCUUCGCCUCCGUCCCGAGGACCCCGAGAUCGCGGAUAGCCUUCGUCUCUUCCUCGAUCGGUCGUCGUCGUUCGAAGGCGUCGACCUGCCGAAGAGUGAGAGCAGAGGGGGAUCGCGGAAGACGUCGAGGAACGAGCGGCGGAAGAAGUCCUCGACGGCGUCGUGGGACCGGAAGAUCUCUACCGCGUCCACUCUCUCCAAUCUCUCGGACCGGAUCGCCUUCGAUCCCGAGAAAAUGAACGCGGCUCUCAGCCAUUUCUUAGACCUGGACUUGGGGAACGAGGAGGAGACGAGCGGGUCGGAGGACAGCGACAUGAGCGGCCUCAUGUCGGAGGAGGAGGAGGAGGAAUGCCCCAUUCCGUCGUCCGUGUUGGAGGGAAUCCCGGAGACGGAUGCGGACAUCGAUGCGUCUCUCCUCAAGUCCGUGGUGGACGAAGCGGGAUAUCCUGGGCCGGGUGCCAGUGUGCUUGCGUCGCUCAGAAGAUUUCCCAACCCUUCUGUGAUGUAACUUCGUCGCGCCGUCGAUGCUAUGCUCUUUCUUCCUUUUCCUGGAAGUUCAAUUUUUGAGGCUGCUCUCUUUUUCAUAAAACAUUUUUUCCCCUG